GAGAGGGAGAGGCGAUGGCUUCGGGGUCGGGGUCGGGGUCGGGAUCGGGAUCGGAGAGAUGGAGCGAGGGUUUGGAGACGGAGGCGGCGAUGGCGAUGGAGACGACGGACGUGGAGCUGCUGAAGAGGGCGUGGCGGAACGAGAAGGCGGCGCCGGAGAUCCUCCAGUUCGAGGCCGCCCUCGUCCUCCGCGCCCGGGAGCAGAUUCAGCUCCUGGAAGAGACACUGGAGGAAUUCACAGAGAAUGGAGUUGAUGAUCUUGUUGUGUCUCUUUACCAAAUGGACUUGGACCGCACUCUAUUCCUUCUGAGGUCGUAUCUUCGAAUCCGUUUGCAGAAGAUUGAGAAGUACAUGAUCCAUAUUUCAAAAACCAAUCUCUGGAAUCGGCUUUCUGAACAGGAGCAGAGAUUUGCCAAAAGGUGUACUGAUAUCAUGGAAAAGCAUCUUGAGCAGUCGGUACUGUCACGAUUGCCUUAUGGAUAUCAAUCCAUUUUGAAACAAUCCAUUUCGAGUGAAGAAGAUGAUAUGGUCCCAGAACCCCAGCUAGACACCUUUGUUUUCUGCAAGACCAAGAGUGCAGUUGGAGCUUUCCAGCUUGAUGACACAGGGGAUGAGAUAGUUGACUUGGUUGCUGACGACCUGUAUGUCCUUCGAUACAAGUCUAUAAAAGGUCUGGUGGAGGGUGGGCGAAUUGACCUUGUGUGACUUGCUGCAAGGAAAAAUGAGGAAAGCAUAUGAAGAGCAUGUGAUACCUGCAUGCAAUAAAGUCGAAUGAGGAUGAUGGCAAACUUUCAAGAAGAGUCGGCCAUGGGCUUGUACAAUUUUAGUUGCUACUUGAAAACCAAAAGAAAUGUUAUCCAAAUCCUUUAAAAGUUGAUGGAUUGUUCUUAAGAGUUGAGGUAUCAUUCACUCAAUUACUCAAAA